AUGUCGGGCAACUCAUGGCCCGUCAAGGUGGCCCGCCAGGGCAGCGGGAACUACAGCGGGGAGCUCACGAUGGAGCAGCGGUUGCAGUCCGCAGGGCUCGCUCCCAUCAGGCGCUCGGAGAGUAACUCCUCUCUGCCGAGGUCCCUAAGUUUCAGCGGUCCACAGAACUACAAUCUCAGUUUCAGCGGCCCUCUAGACCAGCCCCCAAACCCCAACGACCCGGUCGAUCCCCAGCGCCCCCCCUCACGCGGCCUUGCGAGAACUAGUAGCGGACAUUUUCUGCCCCCAGAUGGCCAGGGCUUGGUCCGAACCACCAGCGGGAGGCUUGUCCCCGUCGACAGCCAAGGGAUGGUUCGCAGCACCAGUCAGACACUGCUCAGAACGCCGAGCGGGCCGCUCUCAAGGUCGAACAGCGGACAGUGGGAGCUGGGGUCGAUUGACAAUGGGCAAACGACCCCCCGAACGGAGGGGGGAUGGGCCAGCGGAAGCGAGGGCGGGAGACUGCCAAGGCAGAGGUCGGGCCCCCUUUAUGGUGCCAGCCAAGAAUCCGCACAAGAGCGCGCACAGAAACGCCAGCAGCUUCCUCGUUGGAGGACUCCCCCCCGCAGCAACAGCUCGAAGCCGGAAAUCCCCUCUGGGGAAGUGGAACUCCUACCAAAGCACUCAGGCCCAACCAGGUCACGGCCAGAGAUGGAGUCAGAGAAGAGAGACAGUGAAAGGAGACAGGCCGAACGGAUGCAGAGUGAGAGGGUGGAGAAUCGGGAACAAGAACAGCAAGCGCCAGUUGCGAAGCCACCCCCCUUGGAACCCGCACAACCGAACGGGGGGCUGCUGCACCGGCCCGACGAGGAGGACGGUGUGACCGAGCGGACCCCCCUGAACGUGGACAUGUUGCACGAUCUUGAGGGGUUAGAAAUGGGCCAGGGGGGUUCGGCGCUUCUCACGGACGAGCUGAAACGGUACCUCUUUGGUGCGGGGGAGGAUCGCUUAUUGGAAUUGGUGGCCAAGUUUUACGACACGCUUAUGGAUUACGGGUUGGUUGACACGGCCAUCCAGCUGACGUCAGAGUUGGUGGAGGAGCGCGUUGUGGCGGCGGAUUUGGAGGAGGACCGCGACCUGACGGGGAUCGAGAAGCUGCUCAAGCACGGGCUGCUCGAGUUUCUGAUGCGCAUCGCACCGCUGCUGAAGCCGCUGCCGGCGCAGGUCAUCAAGUUUAAGGACGUCAUCUACGCCGCGCGCAUCCGGCCUGAGAUCGAGGGCGGAAUCACGGUCGCCAGCAGCUUCGAGCGGGCGUUCCUGGGACGUUUCCGCGAUGCAGUGCUGCCGAGACCCCACAAGAUCAUUCCCAUGCUCGAUCGGAUCACGGGGUUCCUCAUGCCAGGCAGCUUGACACUGGUCCUUGGGCCGCCAGGGUGCGGCAAGACUGCGUUGCAUCAGGUCCUAUCGGGUCGUGCCAAGCUGGACAAGAACACCGAAAAAGCGGGCGAGAUCACCUACAACGGACAGCCCCUCUCGAAGCUGAAUGCCAAGCGGAUCGCCGCUUACAUUGCCGAGCAGCGGGAACACCUUGCAAACCUAACGGUGCGCGAGACGUGCGAGUUUGCGCGGGACUGCACGGAUGCAGGCAUGCACAAAAACAAGGACGCGGCAGAGCUUAAACAGCUUGUCGGGGAUGCGAUUGCGGAGGGACAGGACCCUCGCCUGGAGGUGGUUCUCCAGCUUUUGGGCCUGACCGCGGCAGGCAACACGCUGCUCGGCAAGGGCGCGAAGGGCCUCGCGACGGCCGAGCGGCUGCGGGUCACAAGCGCAGAGAUGCUGGCGGGCACGUAUGCGGCGUACUUCUUCGACGACUUCACGACGGGGCUGGAUAACGGAACGUUGUAUGACAUCGUGGCUGCUAUCCGCACGAUGGCGCGCGUGUUUGGCACCACCAACCUGUUUUCGCUGCAGCAGCCCCCGCCAGAAGUGUUUGAUCUUUUCGACCGCCUCAUCCUGCUCCACGAAGGCCGCGUCGUUUACCAGGGCCCCCGAGAAGACGUCCUUUCUUACUUCCAGAGCCUCGGGUACAUCAAGCCCCCCUUGUGCGAUGUUGCUGACUUCCUCCAGGAGGUGACGACGGGCGCCGGAGAGCUGUUCCUGCUGCCGGGCUUCCCCAAGCUGUCGUCCGACGGCUUUGUCCAAGCGUACGAGACGUCCGAGUACUGCCGAGAGGUCAAGCGUAUAGUGGACUCCCCCGAGACCAACCUGACCUUUUGGACCACGUGUCCUCACCCGCUCGGACUCCAUCUGCAAGACACCCGUGUUGGAAAGGGCGCCCUGGUGUCCAACCUAGACGAGGAGGCCAACCUGCGCGUGUGCUCCAUGACCUUUACCGCCCCACCAUUACCGGGGGAUCAGAUCACGGGGGUGUCUGGGCCCAACGGAAAGCUGGAAUACCUUGCGCUGAAUGGGAUUCGGAGCGCGGAGGCAGUGGAAGAGCGGAUUGAGCGGUCGAGGGAGCCUGUUCGCCUACAGCUUGAGAGGCCGCUGCCUGAGUUGCUGGAAGAGGAUCGCCGCGAGUACGAGAAGGAGUACGUGCAGGGCUUCUUCAAGUCAGCCGCCACGCUGGCGGGCCGCCAGUGGGCCAUUGGGAGCCGGGACUUGUACCUUACUCUGUCACGACUGUUCCUGGCGCUCCUGCUGGCCGUGGUGACGGGAACCAUCUUCUGGCAGGUGACCAACUCGCCGUCCCGCGAGAGCUACGACCUGCGGCGCGCGAUCACGUUCGCGGCCGUCCUGAUCCCCGUCCUCAACUCGCUCGCGUCCGUGUCCGCAAAGUUCGACGAGCGGCAGGUGCUGUACAAGCAGCGCGACGCACGCUUUUUCCGGGUGGUUCCGUACGUCAUCGCGGACACGCUCGUCGGCGUGCCCUUCUCUGUGUUUGAGGUGGUGUUCUUCGCGCCGUUCGUCUACUUCUUCUCCGGCCUCACCGCCACCCACGGCGGCUCCCACUUCUUCAUCUUCCUGCUCGUCGUCUUUUUGGUCUCCCUCGUGGGCGCCGCGCUCGUGCGCUUCAUGGUCACCGUCAGCCCCUCCAAAAACAGGGCCACCGCAGCCACCGGCUCGGUGCUGGCGCUGUGCUUCGUUUUCUCCGGCUUCUUCGUCGUCAAGGACCAGGUGCCCAAGGGCUGGAUCUGGGCCUACUAUGCGUCGCCCCUGCAAUGGGCCCACACGAGCCUCGUUCUCAACGAGUUCCUCUCCUCCAAGUACAACGCCAUCUGCGCCGCGCAGCAGCUUGCGAUCGCAACCUACUGCCAGGCGCCGGACGAGCGGCUCGGGAAGUCGUACCUCCAAGGAUACAAUUACCCCGUCACAUUCACGUGGGUCUGGUACGGCGUUGCCGCCCUCGCGGGCUUCUACCUCCUCUUUAUCUUCGCUACCGCGUUCGCUCUCCAACGGGUGCGCUUCAAGCUCAAGGGGGGCCGGCCCCCGACCGACCGGAAAGAAGCGGCACAGCUCGGUUCUACUUCACCCGAACACCCACUUUCGGUGAAGUAUCUAGCAAACCAGGCGAACGAGCCGGCCCCCCUGGAAAAGAUCGAUAUCCGGGACGGGGGGAUGAGCGGGGAGUUUGAGCAUAAGAACAUGAUCAAGCCGCCGGGGAUCCUGGAGUAUGUGCCCGUGACGCUGUCCUUCCACAACAUCCACUACGAUGUCCCCGUGCCAGGCACCAGCCCCGACGCCCCCAAGGUCCUCCUCCGUGACGUCAGCGGGUUUGCCAAACCCGGGUACAUAACCGCGAUCAUGGGCGGCCCUGGGGCUGGGAAGCGCAUCCUGCUAGACGUCCUGGCGGGGCAACAGAAGGGUCACAUCACGGGGGACAUCCUCGUGAACGGGUUCGACCGGGUCGAGAGCACUUUCAAGCGCAUUUCCGGGUACGUCGCACUUCAGGACACAUUGUCGCCGUACCUGACGGUCGAGGAGACGCUGCGCUUCGCGGCACGGCUGCGGUUGCCGAGCAGCACGCUCGACCAGCAUCUGCAGGCCUUCAUCGUCGAGGUGAUGGAGGUGCUGGAGCUGCUGCCUAUUCGCAACUUUUUGGUGGGCAUCCCGACCCGGGUGGGCCUGGGCAUCGAGCAGAUCAAGCGGGUCAGCAUCGCCACGGAGCUCGCGGCGAACCCGAGCAUCAUCUUCUUCGACGAGCCGACAGCCGGUUUGGACUCGCGCGGCGCGCAGCGGCUGAUGCGCGGCAUCCGCAACAUCGCCAACACGGGGCGGACGAUUGUGAUGACGUCACACCAGCCCAGCGCGCGCCUCUUCUCCGCAUUCGACAUGCUGCUGUUGCUUAAGUUCGGGGGGGAGACCGUCUUCUUCGGGCCAAUCGGGCCUGACGGAGAAAACGUGGUCAAAUACUUCGAGGCGAUACCCGGAACUGUCGCGUGCGGCGACAACCAGAACCCCGCGUCGUACAUCAUGGAGGUAAUCGGCGCCGGAAUUACGCGCGUGGCGCACCGAGAGUACGCUAUAGACUACAAGAAGAGCGAGCUGUAUGACGUCAAUGCAGAGGAACUCGAUACGCUGCGCUGGAGCAAGGGCGAGGCGGGGCCGGACUUUUCGGAAGAGGGCUAUGCGGCGCCCCCCUGGCGGCGGCAGGGCGAGGUGACGAAGCGCGCGGUGCGCACCUUCUGGCGGAACGUGAACAACAGCUUCGGGCGCGCGCUCAUGGGCAUCCUACUCGCGCUCAUCCUGGGCUCGCUCUGCUUCAAGGUUGGCCAAGACACUACCUCCGGCGUGGUGUCACGUGUCGGAGUGAUCUACCUCGCCGUGCUACUCUUCGGCCUGAUGAACGCGGUGUUUGUGGUGAUGGCCUGGAACCGCGAGCAGCCCAUGUACCUGCGAGAGCGCCACGUGUCGGCCUACAGCGCGCUCAAUUACAGCCUCGCCUGGGGUUUCGCGGAGCUGCCUUUCCUGCUGGUGACGUCUUUCAUCUUCACCAUCAUCGUCUACGGCAUGGCUGACAUCGCGCUGACGUCAGGCACCACUUUCCUGACGUCACUCGCAGCCGUCUUUCUCUACACCCUGGCCAUGGUCUACUUCGGGCUGCUUGUGGCCGAGGUCGCGCUCAACGCCAAGGUCGCCGCGCUCAUCCUCACCUUCUUCACCACCCUCUGGAGCCUAACCUCGGGUUACCUCGUUAACCGCGCCAACAUCCCCGACUUUUACGUCUGGCUUUUCUGGCUUAACCCGCUCCAGUACGCGUUCAACUGUCUCGCUAGUGUCGCCUUUUACUGCAACACUAGCACGCCGAACUGCAUUCUUGCGGGUUGCCUCAUCGACGGGAACGCGUGCCCCCAGUGCCGCUGUGAGCGGCUAUUGGACCAUCCGAACUUUAACCGGAUCACAUGGCCGGUUGUGCAGGGAGAAUGGAACUUGACCUACAGCCGGCGGGGCUAUGAUUUACUGGCUUUGAUAGCGUUCACUCUCUUGUUCAAAGCCCUAGCAGUCCUCGCAUUCCGGAUCUUCAACAAAACCAGGAAGGUGUGAGCUUGCCAAGGCAUGGCACGCUUGUUCUUUCUAAUGUUUCUAGUGAUUAUGGGGUAGCUUUAAGCGUUGCGACAUCACUCGUGUCUCGUUUACGCCUCUACGUCCUUGGGUUGACAUUCAAAAGCAUCGGUGUAGCGUCAAAUCACAUCGCUUUAGUUGUCAUAGGUUAGGUAACGUCAGUAAACUAGUUGCGCAAGUGGUGCGUUGUUGGAACCCCGUGUUGGCCAGUCGAGGUACGUCAGACGCAGCAGCAAUCAGCAUUGCCAAGGAAGUCUUACCUUGUGUCGCAGGCAAGGGUGAGACCGAGAGACAAGCGUGUAACAUAUAUGUUUUUUAUUGGGCACACUGUUCCGCGGCAGAUUGGUCCGGUCGAACCAGCCAGGGCUGUUCGUACUGGGCCGGUGCUACCCGC